ACUGCAGUUUUUUGUACUUCCGCAUAGGCUUCAAUUUUUCGAGACCGGAGGUUGCCCCUUGGUUUUAUCUCAGCUGUUGCCCAACACUACUUUUGGGAAAUCAUCAUCGACUAAUCAAACAGGAGGAGUUACAGGGAGUCGUCGACACGUACCAGGUGUCAAACAUGUCCGUCAACGUUGUCAAAGAUGCAGAAACGACUGUGAUCACUGUGACGGUGGACAAAAAGAGCAUGCUUCCCCCAUUGUGUCAGAUCCUCAAAGCUCUCUGCUACAGUCCCGGGUGCUUCAGGUGCACCAUUUACGAAGGAAUGAUGCAGACCAGCGUGACUGCAGCUCUUGGGGUGAUACAGAUCAUGGUGGGGCUGUUCAACAUUGGACUCGGGUCAGGACGAAUAAGCAUACAUCCUGAGGAUUUUGCUCAUCUGGGAGUUUCUUACUGGCUGGGUGGUGUGUUCCUUUUGUGUGGAAUCGUCUCUGUUCUGGCCGGCCGGUUCUCCUCUUUUUGCUUGGUGGGCUUCGCUGUGUUUAUGAACAUAGUGGGAUUUAUCUUUUCCAUCGUUGGCAUUGUGAUGUACAGCAACGACCUGAAAGAAGACUUGUCUGCCAGGUUUUGCAACUGGAGCGAGUGGAAUGAUUGCCACAUUGUGUUGUCUACUUAUCGGCGUUUGUUGACAGGUAUUGACAUCACGAUGAUCGUCGCGACUGUUCUCCAGCUGUGUGUCUGCAUUAGCUUAGCUGUUCUGAGCAUCAAAGCUCUGAUCAACAUGAAGAAGAAGAAGGAUUUAAUCAAGGGCCAGUGGUACAAGUGGGCGGGCCAAGGCCCACCCAAAGGCGUCACCUGGCCUGUGAGCGGGCCGGAUGAUCCUCUUGGUAUUUGUUUCUACAAAACAACAGGCCUGAAAUAAUUUCAUCCAAACACAGAGGCGUAUGAGAAGGAUCAGCAACACAUCUUUUCAAUCCUUCACAUAUCAGCUUUAAAAUAUCCUACAUUAUACAUCAUCUUUGAAAUACAAUAUAUCAGCUUUAAAGUCAAACUUCUUUAAUCACAUUCAAUCAAAUCACAACCAUAUUAUGCAUGCAGUUAAACCGUGAGAUUGGAAAUGUGUUGUUUCUAAAUGGCUCGUAUCAGCUUAUAAAUUAUGUUUUGAAGUUCUUUUUAAAGAAAGUUGUUAAAAAACAGAAAAGUUUGACAGUCAGUGUUUUUAAUUAGUUACAUUCUAACUUCUUAAUUUGUUAGGAAGACAUGUUUUAAUCUCUACAGUUAAAAGGAAAACUAUAGGCAUGGUUAGAUACCAAGGCGUAAGUGGGACAUUAUUAAGUGAAGUUAUUGUUUCAAACACUAAAACCUGGGGCUCUCAUGGUUCAAGUUGGAAGAGCAGUGAUCCCAAACGACAUGCACAGAGCUCAGCGACCACUGUUUAAACAAACUGAAGCACGAGGAAGAAAGAGAGGAAUGUUUGAGCUAGAUGUUUAUAAUCCCGAGACGAGUGAGUGUGUGCAGCUGCUUCACUGCUGUAUUGAGAAAGUUUUAAUCAACAAGAGAGAAGUCAAAUGUCAUUUAUUUCAGACUUUAUAUGAAGUGACAGUGAAGCAGGCUGUGAGCUUUGAGCUUGUGAGCUUAUCAUACUCUGUGCUUUCAAAUGCUAGAGGGUAGGAAACAGCAGCUUUUACCCCCAAAGUAAUGCAGUAUAAUUGUUUUUUUGUGUAUAUUCAACAGUUCAAAACAGUAGUGUUUAGUUUGCGUGCAAAGGCCCUGACACACUAAGCAGACGGCAAAGAGCUAGUGGUGACAAGGGCCUCACGUCGCCUUAGAUGCCUUUAGUCUUGGCCAAAAAGUUGCAGUCACCGCAAAGAGUACAACAACGGCCAACCACCUCCUAAGUGCUGCGCAUGCAUGAGAGGAAAUAACUCUCCAUGACACCAGGUGGCGGUAGUCUGUAAUCGUCAAUCCAAAAAAUGGAAACCGGACGAGGACGGAGAAGAAUGCAGAUCUAUAGACCGUUGAUACGUUGUUAUAAUACGAGAAGACCAUUUUCACACCGCUGUCGCUCACCACUCGUAAAAUAGGUACUUCUAAUCGAGAAUAAUGUCCGAUAAAAAGUUGCCUCUUGACUGUAGUCCUUCACUUGCUUGCGUCAUUCCGUUUUUCUUCUUGUGCACUUUUUUGCUUUGCUGAAGAGCCAAUCAGAGGCCUUAAUGAAGGCUCAAAAAUAAAUCUUAAGAAGAAGCAAAUCUUUUUUAAAGAUUUUAUUUUGGGGCUUAUUUUUCCUUUUAUUUGAUAGGAAAGUGGAUAGAGUAAGAAAUCAGGAGAGAGUGGGGAAGGACAUACGAUAAAGGAGCCACAGGCCGGAUUUGAACCUGGGCCGCUCUCUUGAAGGACUCGUACAUGGGGAGCGACCUAACUGCGAGGCCAUCAGCGUCCCAUAAAUCGUCAAUUUUAAUCUGCUGAACACGUGUGAUUUUGUUCAAAUCAGCAUUUCUCUGGCGGGUCGGGAAUGUGUACCUGGAAAAACGAUGUUUCAAAAAGUCUAUGAAGCGUUUUUCAAACAUGUUUGUUUGUUUAUGUCUCUUUUUUUUUCUGUCACAUUUUGUAUCGUUUGAAAUCCACACUGCUCCAAUUUUUCCUUGAAUAAAUCUGAUUGGUUGAAAAAUA